CAAAAUGAGAAUUGCCCAUCUCUGUUCAUUUUCUGUUCCUCACAAAAGAAUCCAAAUUUGUCAAAUUAGUCCCCCACCUUUCUUCCCCAAAAGCCCCAAUUACAGAGCGAGUCACUGACUCGCCAAAUUAACGUCUUUAUAGCGAAUUCAAUAGCUCUUACACUACUAAUUCAUCGUCUCUCUUUCAAAAAAAUCAUUUUUAACCCAUUUAUAGCAUUCUAACAGUUGGAAUUACCCCUUUAGCCAGUAGCAGCUGGGGCACCUAAUUGGACAAAACAGCUCUUGUAGAAGAGAAAGAUUUGAGAGUUACACUUCAAAGAGCUUGAAACAAGAAUCUGAUCAACCAAUUUGAGCCUGGUUCUUGAAAAGGUCUUUUCUCUAUAAGGAGGUCACGGGUUCAAGUCGUGGAAACAGCCUCUUCCAGAAAUGCAGGCAAGCUGGACUAAUCAUUCUGUGUAUAAAUUGUCAUGCUGAAUGCUACUUCCAAGUGGUGGGGGUGGGAUGAAUUCUACAAUGGAUGACAUGAACUUAAUCCAUCAGGCUCAAAGGCAUCAUCUUGUAGUGAGAGAGAUAGGAGAAGAGAUUGAUUUGGAAAUAGGGCCUGGGGAUGAUGACCCUUCAUUUAGUAAUAAUACUUUGAUUAAUGUUCCACCACAAGAAUCUGGAGCCGAAGACCAUGAUGAAAGCAAGCAGAUGAUGAUUCAUCAGACUUCCGGUGGGAAUCAGGACUUGUUGAAGACCCAACCAGUGAAAAAGAAAAAGAAGGUCGUUAAAAGAUGGAGAGAGGAGUGGGCAGAUACGUAUAAGUGGGCAUAUGUUGAUGUGAAAGAUGGCACAGCAAGGAUAUUCUGCUCUGUUUGCAGAGAGUAUGGUAGGAAGCAUAGGAGGAAUCCAUAUGGAAAUGAAGGCAGUCGAAACAUGCAGAUGAGUGCCCUGGAGGAGCAUAAUAAUAGCUUACUUCACAAAGAAGCUCUUCGUCUCCAAAUGGCAUCCAAAGAUAAGAUUGUUGCUGAUAAACCUAUAUAUGUUAAAGCUCUUAUGUCAAAAACGGCUGGAUCGAUCAUUGAAGCUGCACUGAAAAGGGAUCCUCAUGAACUAGAAUUCAUACAGUCUGUUCAAGAAGUGGUUCAUGCUUUAGAAAGAGUCAUUUCAAAAAACUCAAGUUAUGUAAGCACCAUGGAGCGGUUAUUAGAACCUGAGCGCACAAUUAUUUUUCGAGUACCGUGGGUUGAUGAUAGGGGUGAGACGCAUGUGAACCGUGGGUUUCGGGUUCAUUUCAAUCAGACUCUAGGUCCAUGCAGGGGUGGUCUCCGAUUCCAUCCAUCAAUGAACUUGAGUAUUGCCAAAUUUCUUAGCUUUAGUCAGACUUUGAAAAAUGCCUUGUCGCCUUACCGACUUGGGGGUUCUUCAGGUGGAAGUGAUUUUGAUCCUAAAGGCAAAAGUGAUGUUGAGGUCAUGCGAUUUUGUCAGAGUUUUAUGAAUGAAUUGUAUCGUUAUUUGGGUCCUGAAAAGGAUCUUCCUUCGGAGGAGAUGGGUGUUGGUACUCGAGAAAUGGGAUUUUUGCAUGGACAAUAUCGCCGACUGGCUGGUCAUUCGCAGGGAAGUUUUACAGGACCUAGAGUAAAUUGGUCAGGCUCCAGUCUUCGAACUGAGGCAACUGGCUACGGAUUGGUUUUCUUUGCACAGCUUAUACUUGCAGACAUGAACAAAGAACUAAAAGGAUUAAGGUGUGCAGUUAGCGGUUCUGGAAAGAUUGCAAUGCAUGUCCUAGAGAAGCUUAUUGCUUAUGGGGCCGUUCCCAUCACCGUAUCUGACGCAAAGGGUUAUCUGGUGGAUGAUGAUGGAUUUGAUUUCUUGAAGAUAUCUUUCCUGAGAGACAUCAAAGCUCAGCAGAGAAGCUUAAGAGACUACUCAAAGACUUAUGCUCGCUCAAAGUACUAUGAUGAAGCUAAGCCUUGGAGUGAAAGGUGUGAUGUUGCAUUCCCCUGUGCCUCACAGAAUGAAAUUAAUCAAUCUGACGCCAAUAACUUGGUUCUCUCUGGUUGUCGUAUACUUGUAGAAGGCUCCAGUAUGCCGUGUACUGCUGAAGCAGUCGACGUUUUGAGGAAGGCUAAUGUACUAGUUGCUCCUUCUAUGGCUGCUGGUGUGGGAGGGGUGGUUGCAGGGGAACUUGAACUGAAAGAGUGUAAUUUAAACUGGUCUCCGGAGGAUUUUGAGUCUAAAUUACAGGAGGCUAUGAAACAGACAUACCAGAGAACCCUAAAAGCAGCAGCUGAUUUUGGUUAUCAAAAGGAAAGUCCAGAGGCGUUGGUCCAUGGAGCAGUGAUCUCCGCUUUCUUAACGAUUGCCAAUGGUAUGGUGGACCAAGGAUGUGUAUAAAUUGCAGCUUUUUCUUGAUGUAGCUUCAUAUCGAUAUCUAAAUAACAUUUUCAUUUGGCAUCAAUAACGAAGAAAGAGUGCUGGUGGGAUCCAUUGCAUCGUCGGGCUACUUUCAUGAUCUUGCACAGUGCUUGAUGGUGUAGAUGGUGAGAGCAAUAUAUGCUUAUCAUUGUAAUGUACAUGUAUCAUGUAGGUGAGUUGAUGUCAAAAACUUUGGUAGGAUUCUCUUCAUUUUUUAGGUUAGCUAGGUUAUAUUAGCUGGUGAAAGACAGAAGUAAUUGCGAAAGCAAACACUAUGCAUCGUGGAGUUAGUUUCCAGGAAUGAAAAUCCUAUAACUUGGAUGGACUUCAACAAACCUUUUCAAAGUAAAAAAGCGAAAUGUCUUUUUGGCAA